AUGUCGCCAACACCGGAUUGGGUCAAGCAGUUGAAGCCCUCUGGCCCCCAGGGUCACGAGCUUCUUGCUGCUGAGCGCGCAGGCUCUCAUGUAUCCGCAGAGAAGCUGGAGGAGCUUCUGCACACAAAAGAAACCAUCGACGUAACAAACAGAAUGCUCAAGGUUCUCAAGUCUGAGAAGGUGUUUGACAAGUCCCACAAUCUCUUCCAGGGGAGAAUCGAUCGAUUCGCGAGCGCCCUUGCAAGGGAGAAACGAUUAAGAGUCCUGAAGAUGCAGCACAAUUGGUCAGAGGAAGAAUUCCGGACUGCCGUAAAUCUUGUUGGAGAGCCUGGUCCAUACGGUCUCCAUGACACCAUGUUUCUGAUCACACUCGGUGAGCAAGGCACACCUGAGCAACAAGAGAAGUGGCUCAAGCCGGCUGAGAAAUAUGAAAUCAUCGGCUGCUAUGCUCAGACCGAACUGGGCCACGGCUCUAAUGUCCGCGGUCUUGAGACGCAGGCGAUCUGGAAUCCAGAAGACAAGACCUUCACCCUUCAUUCUCCCCAUCUGACUGCUAGUAAAUGGUGGAUCGGCUCGCUGGGCCGCACAGCAAAUUAUGCCGCGGUAAUGGCACAACUCAUCAUCGACGGCAAGUCAUACGGUCCAACUCCGUUCAUCAUUCAGAUUCGAGACUUGAAGACCCACGAGCCACUAGAGAACGUUCACGUUGGCGACAUCGGUCCCAAGUUUGGGUACAACACGAUGGAUAACGGCUUCCUCCUCUUCAAUAAGCUCAAGGUACCACACAUCAGUAUGCUGGCCAAGUUCUCACAUGUGGACCCCAACACCAACAAGUUCCAACGAAGGGGUUCGCCAUCUCUCAUCUAUGGCACUCUAACUUGGGUCCGUUCAAACAUCGUCAAGCAGGCUGGCGCGACUCUUGCGCGAGGUGUUACCAUCGCCACCCGGUACACUGCCGUCCGUAGGCAAUUCCAGGAUCGCGAUGCGCCAGCUGGGGGGAGCGAAACUCCUGUUCUAAACUAUACCAUGGUGCAGAUUCGACUUCUACCUCUCCUGGCUGCUACCUUUGCAUUGCACUUUACAGGAAAUUCCAUGAUGGAAUUGUAUAACGAGAACAAGAAGAAGAUGAACCAGGGGAAUGCAAACAAGGAUCCUAGCAAAACGGAGCGCGGUGCAGGGCCCGAGGAAAUGAAUUCUGGCAGUGACUUGUUGGCCGACUUGCAUGCUUCGUCUUGCGCGCUGAAGUCACUCAGCAGUACGAUCGCAGCUGAGGGUCUUGAAGUCUGUCGACGAGCUUGCGGUGGUCACGGAUACUCGAAUUUCAGCGGUAUCGGCACCUGGUAUGCGGACUAUCUCCCAACCUGCACAUGGGAGGGUGACAACUACAUGCUCAGUCAGCAAGUAGCACGCUACCUCCUCAAAUCUGCGCGCUCGGUCCUAAAUGGCCAGAAGCCCACCAAUGAUACGACCACUAUUCUUGCUGAAUUCCAAUCGCGCAACAACAUCGGUUGCGCUUUCGACAUUAUCGGUUCCGACACUGACCUCGUUGCCGCCUUCGCCUGGCGUGUCUCUUUCCUCACCUUUGAAGCGUCCAAGCACCGUGACGAGCAGAAGAAGCCCUGGAACGAUCUCCUCGUCGACUUCUACCGCUUGAGCAAGGCCCACGCGCAGUACAUGGUCGUCAAGUCCAACCUUUCAGCGCUCAAGCAAAUCGAAAAGGAGGGCCGUAUCGACAGCGAAACCAUCGAAGUCCUGAUGAAGUUGUUCCGCCUCUUUGCGCUGCACACGCUAGAACAAGAGGGUUCCGAAUUCUACACUUCCGGCGCGUGCUCAAAGCACCAGAUCAUGCUUGCUCGCACCAAAACGGUUAUGAAAUUGCUCCAAGAUAUCCGCCCGCAUGCUGUUAACCUUGCCGACUCGUGGGGCUUCGAUGAUUGGCUGCUGGAUAGCAGUUUGGGUCGCAGUGACGGAAAGGUGUACGAGGAUAUGUUUUACCGCGCGAGUGAGCUGAAUCCCCUCAACAACUACACAGUCGACCCGAACCCACACAGCAAUGUGUUGUAUAAGAAUGUGGAGAAGAGCAAGUUGUAG